CGCAGUUUCUUGGAGGUAGAGUCUAUUUCGUGUGAUUAGAUUUGGCAUCAAGGCUUCUAUCAAUCGAUAGGGGAACAAAAGAUGGCGGCUGGUCUGGUGUGAGGGGAGAGAUUGAACACCACUCGCACCUGAAAAUAGUAUCCUGGAUACAUAAGGUGUUCGUCUGUGCUCAGAGUGCUGGUGACCCUAUAGUGGAGAUAAAUCAUUUCAGCGCCCAGCGGUGAUGGAGUUCCACCGACACAGCCAGUAUAUCCUAGAGCAGUUCAACCAGCAGCGAGAGAUGGGGCUGCUGUGUGACUGCACCUUCAUGGUGGACGGAGUGGUUUUCAAGGCGCACAAGGCGGUGCUGGCGGCCUGCAGCCAGUACUUCAGGAUGCUGUUUAUGGAGCACAAGGAAGUGGUGGACCUGGACAUCAGCAGCUCAGAAGGCCUCGGCAUAGUGCUGGACUUCAUGUACACUGGCAGAUUGAACCUAACCAGUGAAACAGUGGACAGCGUGCUUGCAGUCGCUGGUUUCUUACAGAUGCAGGCCGUCACAGUCAGCUGCAGGGUUUUCAAAUCCCCCCAGAAAACAGGAGCAGACAGUGUGCAUACUGGUGCUCAGAUCACAAACAGGAUCAAGUCUCAAGCCAAAAAAACAAAUGCUCCAAUGCGAGCGGGUAAGGUCUUGACAUGGGAAGUGCAGCCGCUGUCCGCAGGAGAGACACCAGAGAGUGUGGGGACAGGGACAGGUCCAGCUGGAAGAUUAACAUUGCGGCUCAAACAGGAAGAUGGACAGUCCACGGAGGAGCCAGCAGGCAUGGAGGUGGAGCUGGAGGACUCUGAGAGCGAGGAGACGGAAGACGAGGAGUCAGAGAUUCAAGUUGAGAUUAAGGACGAAGAUGAAGAGGCGAUUGUAUAUGUGGAUGAUGUAAGCGAUGUUGAUUACACACCAGGUAACUCGGUGAAUGAUGCUGUCUCUAAGUCUUAUGGGGUGCGGUGGCAGGGUGGCACAAAGUCCUGCAGGAGAGACAGCCCUGCAGGAGAUGACGGGAACCAGAAAAAUAGAAAAGAGGUGGAUAUAAGCUCAGAUCCCACGGACCAGGUUACAGCAAACAGGAGAGCCCACAAUCAAAGGCAGCAGUGGAACCACAGCAAGCGCAGCAAGCAUUGGAAAAGUGGGACUGUCGCGCACACCUGUGAGUUAUCACUAAUGGAGCAAAAACAGUCAUCAUUCAUCUCUGGCGGAUGUGAGGACCCUUCUGUCAACGGGACAGUGCCCCACACAUCUGGACAAGAGGAAAAGAAAGUCUCUGAGGAAGUACGCCAAAAACUUCAGAGUUGAAGACACAGAUCUUUUUUACUCUAACCCGAAGACCAACAAGCUGAGAAAAGUUGUCUUCGCUGAAGAAGAGAAGGAGGCAAUCUUCCAUGACUGCCAUGGUUCACCCCACGGAACGCACAAGGGAAGGACCAAGACUGCAGAAAAAAUAUCCUCCAAAUAUUACUGGCAGAGCAUGAUGGGAUUUAUUGUAUCACGGAUAAAAGGGUGUGGCAAGUGUCACCAUAAGAAGAAAAUCAAGACAGAGAUGACACCCAUCGUCACAACAGAAGCCUGGGAGAUCCUCGGUGUUGAUCUGACUAAAAACAGUACAAUCAUUUAAAAGUGAUCACAGUCUACAAUAUUACCACCUCUGUCUGGAUUGUUGGGCACAGUUUUGUGCACUAGGGGUGGGGAGCAACGUGCCAGGAGAACACUCGGGCUGGACCUGCAGCUGCCAAGCACCUCUGUCCGCUGGUUUGGAUGGAGGGGACUGAGAUGGCACCCUUUUUUUUAGAAUUUUUGUUUAUGAUUUAAUUUUCAAUUCCCCUGUUUCUGAAACCGAUAUCCUGGUGAAAUUAAACCACACCUCCUGUAAAUAUGUUAUUCUUUCCUUCCCAUAACCACCCUUACACCUUUGUGUUUCAUUUAUUGCAUUAUUUUAUAUGUUUAAAUAAAAGUUGUUUUUUUUUUAAUAUGUCUGUUAUUAAUUGAUCAAUGUAAAUGGGCUUAAGUAUUAAUUUAUGAUAUUUUGUGAUAUAUGAUAUAUGAUAUAUGCUGCUUGAUAUCUCUAUAUAUGAUACAUGUGCUAUCUUUCAAAUUAUAAAGCAAGGUCAUGAAUUAAGUUAUGGUACAAUAAGUAUUCUUAAACUGAGCUGCAGCUGUUGUACAACAAUAAUAAUUAAAAACAAAAAAUCAAAUAACUAGGUGAAGAAUGAGUUCUGUCGCAGCUUCACAUAGUAAUUUUCACAUUUUUCCUGAAAUACCACCUAUGGAGACUUUUAUUGUAGAAGUGAAAAUCAGUGCAAUUUACAGUGAUUUUAAAACACUUUUUGUAGUAAAAAGAAAAAAAAAACGGUCUUGCUUCUUAAAAAAAACAAUGGCGUCCUGUAAGCUUCACAGAGACUCCAACGAACCUCCCCUUUAAAUUUAGAAUUUCGCGCAUGCGCAAAAAGGCAAGAGGCUACUUAUUUUCCGCUACACCGUCCUCACAGGGCCAACAUAGCGACUCUUCCUGGGACUCGACCAAUCCAAUGCGGUCUGUGCGGUGGAUCCUUACCAAAUCUUGUCAAGGCAACUCUCAUGCUUUUGUGACGCUUGUGUUGGUCCUGAGAGCAGGGCAGUGUGUGCUAAUGAAGGCAUUGUAAACAGAGGGUGUCAUCGAACACUGAAAGUAACUGGACGACUUCACCAUAGGCUUCAGGAAGCUGCACGUGCCACAAGAGAGCACGGAGGUCAUUAAAGUGGCAGCUUCUACCUUCUCUUUAUAUAUAUCACUUUUUUUCUUAAAUAAUACUGAAAGAAAAUUGCUAAUUAUGAUAUGAUUCUCUUGUUUUUUAAUCAUCCUAUUAGAUGAGCAUCAACGUCCAGCAGCUGCACAGCACCAACCAGUGACCUCUGAGCAGCGUUCUGCAGUUUCAAGCCACCAAUCAGUGACACCAGAGCAGCAGCAAGCUUCCAAGGAGCCAGAAACAGCUUUCUAUACAGUGGGACAGUUUGUUCUGGUUAAACUGACAAUGGGGAGACGACAUGCAACAUUUGUUGCAGAGAUAAAAAAGAUGUUCAGUAGCAACGAGUUUCAACUCCAGUACAUGGAAGAAGUGCGGAGAGAUGUGUACAAGUGGUCAGCUAAUGCAGACAUAUCACAGGAACCAAUCAGAUCCAUACUCCAACGACUUCCAGAUCCUAUCCUGAGGGAAGAAAUAAGCUCACCUAGAGCUCAGCUUUUCACAUUUAAAGGAAACCUUUAAAUAUCUUCAUUGUGAUUGUAUCCUAUCAUUAAGAUCCUUUAACUUUAAUGUUCUUCAAUGUUUCUUCAAUGUUUCGUUCCUUCAAGAAAGUCCUUAGAAAACUUAAAAACACUCCGAAAUAACUGUAAUGUAAAGAGGCUCUUUUCAACCUUUCAAAAGCAGUCAUAUGAUAUCUGCUAAUGCUCCUAUUAAAAAGGUUAAAAUAAAGAGAAUACACUCAUUUUGAAGCCACUGACUCCGUUUGAUCACAUUUCUGCUUUUAAUUUGCAAAAUUAGAUUCAAUUGUUCUUAAACAGCCUCUCUUAUUAGAUUUGACGGUCCCCGUUACCAACGUUCCUCUCUCCUUCAUGUGUCAAUGAGUGUCACCAACCGUUCUGUUUUUUAGAUAAGUCAAUUACAUAUGGCAAAACUUCUACAUGUAUGUGCUUCAUUACAUUAGAUUGAGCAUGUGUUUGAUGGGUACAUGCAUAUUUUAAAAAAUGUUUUCACAGUGCAAAUAUGUAGUUUUGUGUGCAAGCAACAUAAGGAAUACCUUGGACUCCCAUAAUUGACUGUUUUCAUAAUAAAAUGUCAAUAAAUAACAAGUCAUUCACAACAUUUUAACACAAGUGCUCUUUUCAUGCCUUGUGUCCGUCCUCAUUCACAGCGUUGCCAUGCAUGGAGUAUGAACUUCAAAGACCUGCAAUAUGAAAAGUUAUCUUCCCUUCAAUAAUUCUAUGCCAUUGAGACUCUAGAGCACAUGAUAAGAAGGGGAUGAACAUCACGUCAUGAACUUUAUUUUUCAAACUUUAUGUUACACAUGUGUACCCUGUUAGCGUGGAAAUGCACAUCUAUAUGUGUAUGUAACUAAACUCACUGAUUACCUAGA